GGUGGCGGCAGCUGUGGUGUGUUGAGGUGUGAUAGUUCUCGGGCAGCGCAACAGAGUCCCGCAGCCCCCGCCUGAACUCAACCGCAUCUGCUCGCGGGGCAGCGCCGUGCGCUUGGGUGCCCCAUCCCGCCAACCCCCGUGGGUGCGGGGCGGUCUCCGCCAGGACUUCAUGUCUGUGCUGUGUCCGCUGCCCUGCCCUGAUUAUCUGAGAUCAACUGAAAUGACUGAAGUGAUGAUGAACACCCCAGCUAUGGAUGAGAUUGGGCUAAGCCCCCGCAAGGAUGGCCUGUCGUAUCAGAUCUUCCCUGAUCCCUCAGACUUUGACCGUUACUGUAAGCUGAAGGACCGCCUGCCCUCAAUCGUGGUGGAGCCGACGGAGGGUGAUGUGGAGAGUGGUGAACUGAGAUGGCCACCCGAAGAGUUCCUCGUGCAGGAGGAGGAGGAAGAAGAGGAGGAAGAAAACUGUGAAGAUGCAAAGAAAGACAACAAGGAGCAAUAAAUGGCAUCUGAGGAAAGGCAAGGCACCACACCCUUCUGAAGGAAGAGCCACACUUCUUCUGAAAGUCUUUUUAAAAAAAAAAAGACAAGUUCAAUUUUGCACCUGCGAGAUCUUAGUUUUUUUGUAUUCUCUGUAUCGAGAACUGAAGCCCUCGGUGUCACCAGACCUCCUGAGGAAGGAAGUAACGCAGAGAAAUGUUUGCUGUUCUCGAGAUCAUUAUCUGUAUUUUUCCGAGGAGGCUGCAGUGAAAUUCCAAGCACAUGGCAGAGGGUGACCAUGUGGAGGGAGGGCUGCUGGAGGGGGGAACUUGGGGAGGGGGAGGAAGGUUGGAGGUGGCAGUGUUCAGGCAGAAGCUGCCUCUGGCUAGAAGCGUGAGAACAGAGCUGUAAUCUCUUAGAUUUGCCUUUCUUACAGCUUCCAUUUUGUGUAUUGGGGGUGGAAGGGUGUCUGUAGUGAAGCACGGCUAAAUGCUCUACUGAGCAGGGGCCUGUAGCUCUCCAUGGUUUGGCUCCUCCUAGGGCAAAGUGAGCAUCCAUAGGAGUAGUGGGGUUUCUUGCUGUUGAGCCUGUUUUCCAGCCACAUUUCCCAAAGCUGUUUUCUCCCCUUCUGUUUGCCUUUACACUUUUCAAUGCUAAACAGCUGUAUUUGCAGGAUAAUGUUAGGCUGCUGCUUGUCAUCUCUACUGCAAGGCCCUAGUUUAUCUUGCAGGUGGUUAGCGUGAGGAAAUGUGCAUCUGAUGCAAAGACACUUUGGUCUGCAGCAAGAGCUCAUGUAGGUUUGAAUGCCUCAGAUUUCUCUUCCUAUUUGCUGAGGCUGCUGUGAUAGGUUUUGUCUUGUACAGAACCCAAAGCCUCCUUACCUUGCUGUCCUUGAGGCUGUAGGAUCUUCAACUUACUGGUCAAUGUGCUUGAUAGGCCAGAGGUGAAGGAUCAACUUUGAACUGCAGAGCCUCCUCAGUGCAGAGUGCGCUAGGUAGGGGUAGGCAUGGUGAGGAGUAUUGUCAACACCUGGAGGUAAUCCAAAGACAAAACACCAGAUCUAGUGUGGAUCACCAGUGGGAAAUGGGGGUUUGCAGGAGGGAUCUGUUGAGAAAGGAUUACCCUGAGUAUCCUGAGACAAGACGUGUUUGUGCAUUGCAGCAAGGGUGAAACAUUCAUGGGUGUUUGAAGUGCAGAGUGGCUUGCAAAGUCUGUGGUUGCAUCCUCUUCGCCAUACCCUGCUUCAAGGAGAAGUCAUCUGUAUCUGUUUGGGGAAGAGGCCAGUCUGCUGCCAGCAUAACCCGCUGCUUUCCUGGAAAGUGGUCUCACAGUUUCAGAGACCAGCUUGGGAGCUAGUCGGUCUUGGUAUAGGAUGAGAACAGUUACCACCUAAACCAAAUCUGGGGUCAUGGAAGAGAAAAAGAUGUCAAGGCCUUAACCAAACUUUCAUAAUAAUCCCAAUGGCACCCCCCCUUGCUUGUAACUGGUUCCAUUUUUCAAAUCUAUUUGGACAUGUGUGUAUUUGUAUUUUUAAUACCUCAUGAGUAGUUAAACGCUGGUGGGGUUUGGGAACUGCUUUUAACAUAUUGGCAGGAUUGUUUUAGUCUUGUCUUGCUUGUGUUUAAACUUAACGGCAAUAACUUAUCGGCUCUGCAUAACCGUUUCAGAUAGAUGGGAGUUUGGAGGUGAGUUAGCACAAAGCAGGAGAAAUUCAAAUGUUCCUACAGUGCGACUGGCCUCUAGCCCGGCAAUGCAGACCCAGCUAUACAUGCUCCCUGCCCAUCUUAGGGGAUAGUUGAUCACUGAACGGUCAUGAUGUGGUGAUACCAUUUUCUCUAGCGAUGGAUUCAGCUGUUGUAUCUGUAACACUUGUUCUAGUCUUGCUGUCUUACUGGAAUGAGCUUGUACACCUGCAUACCAGCCAGCUGUCUUAUUUCUAAGUGUUAUUCUCUAUUGGUCUCUACUGUCUGUACCAUCAAGUCAAAGCUGUAUAUCAAAGAUCUUACCAUGUGGCCAGCAAUGAGAUGGCAAUCCUUGGACUUCAGACCUGCUGUCUGCCCUAAAGACUUGCAUAUUUCUGUCUGCAUCCUUUUUUUGGAAGUAUUGUGUAUAUUUCUAUAUGUUGUUGAACAUAUCUAAAGAACAAAGCACUCCAGUAAAACUCCUCCUGUUGUAUGAUACACAUUCUAUAUUUCUGUAAUUCUUUUUUGAGCCUCAGGGAGAAGCUAGCAUUUUUUUCGAACUACAUUUUUGUCACUGUGACAGUUGUAAAUAAAGUUUGAAAAUGCUUUCCAAA